CAUAGAUACUGGCGGGGGGAGGGGUGCGGUUUAGAGGAAGCGGAAGUGUCAGGGAGAGCGGAAGUGGUACUGCCCUGAAUAUCCCGAGCAACGAAACGGAGGACAGCUUGAUACUCCAAUCGUUCAGAGAAAAAAAGGAUUCAAAAUACAUUUUAAAUAUUCGACAUGGACAAGAGCGACCUGGUACAGAAGGCAAAGUUGGCCGAGCAGGCCGAACGCUAUGACGACAUGGCGGCGGCAAUGAAGGCCGUGACGGAGCAGGGUCACGAGCUGUCCAACGAGGAGCGCAACCUCCUGUCGGUGGCCUACAAGAACGUGGUCGGUGCUCGCCGCUCCUCCUGGCGCGUCAUCUCCAGCAUUGAGCAGAAGACAGAGGGCAACGAGAAGAAGCAGCAAAUGGCCCGCGAGUACCGUGAGAAGAUCGAGGCAGAGCUGCAAGACAUCUGCAACGAUGUGCUGGGGCUUCUUGACAGUUACCUCAUUGCCAACGCUAGCCAGGCAGAAAGCAAAGUCUUCUACCUGAAAAUGAAGGGCGAUUACUACAGAUAUCUGUCUGAAGUGGCAUCUGGAGACUCAAAGAAGACUACAGUGGAGAACUCCCAGCAGGCCUACCAGGAAGCUUUUGAGAUCAGCAAGAAGGAGAUGCAGCCAACACACCCCAUCAGGCUGGGUUUAGCUCUCAACUUCUCCGUUUUCUACUAUGAAAUCCUCAACUCCCCAGAGCAGGCUUGCAGUUUGGCAAAGACGGCUUUUGAUGAGGCGAUUGCUGAGCUUGAUACUUUGAAUGAGGACUCCUACAAAGACAGCACUCUGAUCAUGCAGCUACUAAGGGACAACCUCACUCUGUGGACAUCGGAAAACCAGGGUGACGAGGGGGAUGCUGGCGAAGGGGAGAACUAAAAGGCGUUGCACUUCACUGUUAAUCCACCCACACUCUAUCUUACACAUAUACAGCCCAUACACCCCUGCUCCAUCUGCCCCUCCAUCCCUUUCUGUAUGACGAGCAGCAUGAAUUGUACCUGACCUACCAGUGGUGCCCUUCUCAGAGAAGUUUCCAAGGUGACAGGGUGACGUUCAGUUGUUGGCAAGCCAAGUCUUGUGUGUGAAGAAAAAGAAAAUAAUAAUUUUUCCAGUUGAGUAGUGAGGCCAUUUUUGUCCCCACCUUCUCCCUCAUAACAUUUUUUUAAAAAAAAAAAAGGUAUAUGUUCUUUCACCUUGCAAGUUAUGCAUUCUAGUACCUCCUUUUGCUUUCCUAGUGUACUGGCAUUUGCUGGUUUUAUUCAAAGGUUAUUAAACUGUCAGUUUAAUUUAACAAACACUGUGACGCUUAGUUUUUCUCUACAUUUUAUGAAUAAAUUGUGAUUGCUAAAAUUCAGGACUGUAUGGAUUGAGUAGCAGUACAAUUCUGCUGUGGCCUCAUACAGAAUGGUAGAACAGGCUGUAUUGUGACACUGACUAACAUGCAUUUUGCUGUGUAAUGUACACAAUUUUAUUUUGCAUAUGAAACAAAAGAGAAAAGGGACCCUAGGUUUUGCCAUUCCACAUCUGUUAAGUCGAAAGAAGAGACAUUCCAUGAGAAUGUUACAUCGAAGACUAGACCUUUUUUGAACAAACUGGACCAUUCUCCUAAUGUGCUGUUCAUGAACAGUUAACAUAAAGGUGCUGUUUGACAUCAGUACGAUGAUCCCUGUUUGUUCUUAAAUGUUAACUUUCCCCCCUUUUCCUUGCAUAACGCAGACUCACAUUUCAGUAAAACAAAAUAUUAAAAGACUGUAAAAUUGUAAACAAUUUUAGAAGUAAAUAUAAAUUUGUCUUAAAAUGUAAUGUUGUAAAACUUGCUUGCAAAGAAACACCUUAAAGCCGUUACGUUAAUUUUUUUCUAGAUAUUUUUUUUUUUUCUUCCUUCGUACAAGCUUGUCCUGCGGGCCUUAAAUUGACAGUCCACACUGAUCAAUCGAGAUGUUUCAAGUUUCCUUCUCUAAAUGAUAACAGAUGAUAGGAGGGAUGAGGGUAGAUGGACAAAGGCCCGUAAGAGCCUGGAAAUGGUUUGAGCACGGAGGGCUGUUGUGUCUAUGUGGGAGUUGAUGGCUUGAUGUCUACCAUAAGUGGUCCAUCUUGUAGAGGGCUUUGAGAAAGGUUUUGGUUAGUCAGGAUGAGUAGACUUUUUCAGACAGACAUGAAGGACGUAACUGAUUUCACUCAGUGUCACAAUACCUUGUCAUCACCAUAACAUUCCACUUAGGUGUAGAAUUCAUCUGUCUCAGACCGUCUUGCUGAAGACAAUGUUUCAUGCACUGAAGAAAAAUCUCCCCCUUAGCUGAACAAAUGGCAGUUACUCUACGCUUGAUAAAAAUGCAGUAGUGAAUGUGGAACCGAGCCUGUCUGUAUAUCUGGUAUCUCAAAUUGCUUUGUUUUUACUGACCAGUAUUCUGCCUAAAGUUUGCUUCUGUGACGGUUUUAUUGCUUAGCGCGCACGUGGUUGUGAAAAUUUAGAAUAGCUUAAAAAAUUACAAAAUGACAAAAAAAAGAAACCUGGUUAUUGACGUAAUACUAGAUUUGUGUAUGUCUUUUAAAACAGUUCUAGUUUCACCUUACAUGUUAUAAUCAGGAAAGUGUAAAAGACAAUUUAAAGUGAAAUAAAAGUUUUAUCAGUU